AUGGUGGUAGCAAUCCUGACAGAGGUGACUGCCAAGGAAUCAGUCAAAGCGGCUUUUGAAACUGCUCAAGCUUCUUUUGAGAAGAUUGACGUGGUUGUGAAUGUCUGCGGAGUCAUGAACAAUGGCCCUGGGAUUGGAGAAAUCGAGCUGUCACAAUGGUUUAGAGAUUUUGAAGUCAAUGUCAAAGGCUCCUACAACAUUGCCCAUAAGCAUAUCAAAUUUGCUGGAGGAGAAGGGACUAUCGUCUUUGUUGUCAGCAUGGGCGCGUCAUUCACGGUGCCCGGUAUCAGCUCGUACUCGGCCAGCAAACUGUCCGUCAUUAAGUUGGCUGAAUAUUUGAACGCAGAACACUCUCAGCUUCGAGUCUUCGCUGUCCAUCCCGGUAUCCUCUAG